GUGGGCAGACAGAAAGGGAGGUCAGGACAGCGAGGCCCCCACCCCGACCCUGACCCCGACCCGACCUGCACCCCCAGAGGGCCCAGCAGGUCCUGGCCUUACACUGGGGCAAACACCCCGGAGUUCCGGGGGGACCUCCCAGGGACAGGCCUCGGCUCUCUGAGAUCACGUGACCAGCAUCGCGGCCACUUCUCCGUCUGGUUCUGACGGGCACUGAGUGUCACUCCUCAGUUCAUGGCAACCGGGCCUCCCAGGGCCCAGGGCAGGCUGGACCUGCAGGAGCCCGCUCCCUCCUGAACGCUUCGUGGGCCUCCGUUUCCACCGCCCUCCUGGGAGGGUGUCACCCAGGCUGACCCCGCCCACCCCACCUGGAAGGACCCUCCUCCUGCCUGCGCCCCCAGCCCCUUCCCUCAGCAGGACCUCCAGCUCCAGGACCAGGUCGGCCAGGCGGCACCCAUAAAACCUCGUGACCCACAGGAAGGGACCAGAGGAGGCGGGAAGCCCAUCUGCCCCAGGGGUCCCCAGCCAGGACCCUGUGCCUGGGAAGCGCGGGGCCAGCAGCCUCCACUCAGAUGUCCUGCCAUUGAAUGAAUGGCUUCGGGGUCUGCCGUCAAAAGUUGGUGGCAGUGCCCUUCUAGCCAACAGUCACCCCAGGCCCCCGGGCUGGGAACGCCCGGAUGCCCUUUCCAGCCAAGAAGCUGUUCCUGUGUGGCAGGAACACGCAGGUCCCAAGCACAGAGAACCGAGCCCACGGCCUGCACCUGCUUCAGGGCUGACACACGUGAUUCAAACGCACGCAGUUUAAUUUGCGAGGCUGCUUUAGCUGAAAGCUGUGGGUUUUCAAGCACAAAACCAGACUCGGAGCCAAGAGGAUCGAGGUUGAGAGUGCGGCCCCUCAGGCUCCCCCUUUGGUAGCAGCAUAAUCAGAGUCGCCACGCGACCUGAGCCUCGCCGUUUCUCAAUUCCCACGUGACGUCUGCAUCUACUGCUCUCCAGAAGAACCUGGGGUGGCUAACGUGGGCCAGCCAGCCGUGACAGACGGUCGCCAGCAGGUGCCCUGGGUGCCCACGGCCGGAAGGCUCCCCGACCCUCCAGGGCACAGGCACCCAGGGACGCGGGAGCGGCGUGCAGGUUACCUGAGACACUCGGAACACAGAGCCGGGCGGGGGCCUGUGCGUGGGUUCGAGGAGGAGGCACAGUGGCCACAGGGGCUGUCACUCCCCAACGGUCCCAUGUGAGAGGGCGUGUCUGCCGUGGGAACACCACCCAAUUUUUGUUUAAUUCAAGAUCAGAAGCCUCCAAAUCACAAACACAUUUCACUUCUUUUUCCCAUCAAGUCAAAUUCCCUGCAUUUAAGGCCACCUCCCCUGAACCCAAAGUCUUCCUGGGUGGAGCUGCUAGGUCAGGGAGGGGGGUCAAGUUCCUCUCUCCAGUGGCCGGAGGGUCCAGCAAACAGGGUCAUGAUCCCCUGCCCUCUGCCUGGCCCCAGAGAAUAUGCACCUGGAACCUGGAAGCUGGAACCUUGACGGGGGGGGGGGGGUGCAGAUGGGGGAGGGGGCGGUACAGCACCAGCCACAGGCCAGCAGCAGGGAACCUCGCUCCCUGUGAGGUGGGAUUCUGCUCUGGGGGGGGCAAUCCCUCCCCCCACCCAUCUGCUAGGCCUGUGACUCUUCACAGCCCCUCUCCCCAAGGACCAAGCCAACUCCAACCAACCGGCACCCCCAGCAGUCCCCCUAGCCUCAGGCCCCCAUGUCCCAGCCAACCAACAGCGGGACCACCACAGAGUCGUCGUGGUGAGUGGCGGCCACGUGCUGGCGCAUCUCUACUGCUGGGCCCUGCGGCCACCUCACAAGGCAGGCAUGACCCACAUCCGGAUGGGCACUGGGCACAGAGCCCACCGCCCCACAGCCCACCGGCUGAGGCAGCCGUCAGCAGUUUUGGUAAGUCAGGUGUGACGGGCACACAGCCCCGCUUGCCAGCCGGCCGCAGACUGCCCCCGAGGCUUUGCUGAGUACACGGGGCAGGCGCUGCGAGGCCAGCAGUCUUGAAACUGCAAUGGUCCCAGCCUUUACGGAAAAAACUCUGCCCCAGUCCAGGUCUGGGAGCUAAGUCCCAGCUGGGGUCGUGACAGGCUGAUAUGUCACCAACCCUCACAAGAGUCGCAGGCAUCUGAGCGGGGCUGGACCCCACACUGGCAUUGGCACCUGGCUCGUCCCCUUUACCAAGCCCCGGCCACUCAGAACAGGCUGAGGGGUCGGCAAAGAGGCCCAGGCUCGUGAAUGUACAGGGCACCCACACGUGCACACGGGCACCAGGGCCACAGACCAGGGGUGCCUGCAGGGCAGGGGGUCCACCCACUCGGGGGAGCUACACACCAGUAGGUCCUACCAACCAGGGAAUUCCAUGGUCCGGGGGGGUCACAAGCCUGGGGCCUGGAGGGUUGUCCCAAGGCCUCCCCUGAGCCCACCUGCUGCCCACCAUCACGGCCACCUCAGUCGUGCACUGGGGGGGGUCACCGUGACACCCCCUGCCCUCAUGCUGUCACCCCACUAGGACCCAGCCCAUCUCCCCUCUUCGGGCUCCCCCCAGGAGUCUCCAUACAGCCCACACAGCCUGCAGUGCCAGCUGGGACCCAGGGACCCCGGGAGCCAGACCCCCGAGCAGCCCCUUCCCUCAGCUCCCCAACCUCAACCCAGCUGGGGCACGAGGGAGGCUUCUGCCCUGCUCACCCCACAAGCCCCUCGGGGGUCGAAAGACACAGGCCCAUGGUCAGAGCCCUGCAGUGGGCCUCAGGGCUGCAGGCUACAGCCUGUCCCCCAGACAGCAGCUGUGGCCGGUGCAAUGGCACCCCUGCCGCCACACAGGCCCCAUGACUCUGGCACUUCCUUCCCAGAGGGACCGCCCUGCCCAGGCCACACCCAUGCCUGCCGGGUGGGUAAACAGGACCAGCAGGACCUCCAGCUCCUGGCUGCAGGCCAACGGCCCUGGGAGGCGCCCGUCACUGCAGGCCCACUUCUCGGAUGGGCAGUGAGGCUGCGGGAGACCAGAGGCCCAGCAGGCCAGGGAGCCACGCUCGUAUCCCAGCUCUGCUGCCUCCGGGCAGGCCACUCUUUCUGGGAAGGACCUUAGCGACCUGUCCCAGGUGGGGAACAAGGCGUGGCACCACUGUGGCCUGUGGGUGGGCCUCGGUGAGGCCAGGCUAUACCACGGCGCCUGCACCCAGGGACAGGGCCCCACCGGGGCUGCUGCAGGGCCUUGCUAAGCAAAGGGCUGAGGAGGCCCUGGGGCCAGAGAGAUGGCCUGCCAGGCCCACUGCCCCGCUCUGCUGCACACGCUGGGCCCCCCAGUUGGGCCCUACCCAAGGGUGGAGACACAGAUCACAGAGAGGACCAGGGGACCAGGGUGGCCCGGGGGUGAGAAUGGCCCAGCCUCGUCGGGGAGUGCCAGGCUGGCCAACAGCCCCGGUUGGAAACAAAGCGGCCACAGGGAAGCUCGGUGCCGCGGCCUUAGGGCCUGGGGGAGGGGCAGGGGAGCUGAACUUCGAGGGGAGGCUGGGCACCGAGCCAGGGAUGAGAACCUCCUGUGGGAGCUUCGGCCCUCAGCGUUCACAGGGGUCAGACCCAGAGCAAAAGAGUUCUGUCCCCAAAAGGACAGGAGACAGAGUCCCCAGGGGCGCCCACUGCUCUACCCAGGUGAGGACCCGGUCACCAGCCUGGAUACAGGGGCCCAGAGAGAAGUGGCCUGGCCUUCGGGCCUCCAUGGGACACCCGGAGCCAAGCCGCAGCUCACCCACGUCUCUGGGGUUCAAGAGUGUGCGUCCGGCCUGGCAGCCCCCCCAGAAGCCGGAUGGGCGGGUCCCCAGCCAGGAGCGCAGCCCACCACCUGCUGGAGCGUGGGGCCUCCCUGCCCCUGGUUCUGCAGGCCCGGAGCCUGAGGGUCUCUGGUGCCCAAGGGCAGCCUGACCUCAGCCAGGUCCCCGGCUGCCUGGGACCUCCCUUGCAGGGGAGGGGCCACCCUGGUGUCCCGCAAAGACGAGACAGGAUGGUGGCAUGGGGACUAGAGACAUCCCAGAGACCAGACCUGGAGCCGGGUGCCUUUGGAAACCCCCAGCAGCCCUAAGACUGGCCAGAGUGCUGCCGGCAAGGCCACCCUGUGGCCGGGCCACACGCCCGUGUUUAGCAAGUACACAGCAGUUUCUUUGUCCCUCAGCCCUGCAGACAGACAGCCAAGCGCUGGAGCCCCCUGCAGCAGGAAAGGCAGGGUGGGCCGCCCGUGAACCCUGCACCCCCCCACAGAUAUCAACCAGCGUCUGAGGGGAGAGCGUGGGGCGAUGCCGUCAUGGCUGCCCCCCAGAGUCCCGGGGCAAAGCUUUAAGAAGCAUCAGCAACAUGCUGAUCAAACUCCAAGACUGCGUUCCUCUCCAGCCCUCCAAGGGGACCCCAGGAGCACAAGCCAGGCCUCCAGCCCUCACACCCCUCCCCCUCUGGUGGGGCAGCUCCCGAGACCAGCCACACGGGCCAGGUCCCCUUGUGUGGCAUCAGCCCACUGGCAGCAGGUCAUGCCACCCUACGAUGCAAUGGACAGCUCUCUUGGUCCCUCUAUCUCUCUGGGGGCAGAGAGGACGAGCCCAGCAGGGCCUGGCCCAGGUGCCAAGCCUCCACCGGCAGGGGUGUGCCUGGGACGGAGCAGGGGAGCACUCCUGGCCAGGAACAGGCUGUGGCUGGGACCCCUGGCUGGCCAAAUCUCCAGAGGCCCAGCCCCCACCCCACCCCGAGGGUGGGGAAUGGAUCACAAAGGCCCAAACGCAGCCGCUCCAACUGAGGGGCCCGGGGUGCUUGUGUGGUUACGGCCCCCUGGGUGACUCAGUGGGGAAGUUUGAGAAAGACCGGUCAGCUUAGCGGUUGGGGCAGAGGUUUGGGCUUGGCCAGCCCUGACGGGCAGAUGGCCCGCAUGCCCACUGUCUGUGAGACUGUCCCUCUGCUGUCCUUGGGCCACCCCUAAGCCAGGGCUAUCCCACCUGAGGUCCUCAAGCAGAAGUAUGUUCCCAAAUCACCCACAAAAUAACGCCCACGCCCGCCCGGCACCCCAGCUUGGAGGGAAGCAGCUGUGGGGUCAGGGCGGGCCUGAGCCAUUGGCAUCCUUGCAGGUCGGAAGGAACCACCACCUGGCAGGCAUGCUGAGAGGGCUGUUCACAGCAGCAGUGCGCCUGGGACUCAGGCCACUUCCUGGCACACAGUGGGUGCUCAGUGAAUGUACCUGGUACGGGGCAGCAGGCAUUCCAAGCAGCCCAGGGUCCUGCUUCAGCUCACAUAGCAGCUGGGCAGAGGGGUGGGGUGUUGAGCACCUGCUGGGACCCUGGCCUGGCCUCCUGGAGCACCGAGGGAGGGGCACCGCCCCAUGACUAACAGUUAACACUGGUGGCGGGGGGGGGGGUGCCCCAGGAGAGAACUGGGAACCUGCAGUCCUCCUGGGGCACUGCUCUGCUUCCCUAGGCCCCGGGCUUGCCCUCGCCCUGGAGACGUGCUGACCUAUGCCAGUCACUGGCACACGGCCGGCUGCAGCAGCGCGGGCACACGGCAGCUGCCUCAACAGCCCCAGCACCAGCUCAAGGUCCUGGGACUUGCAGGCUCCCAGAGCGGGGCGGCUGCCUGCCCUCAGAGCUCCCAGCUGCUCCCGCCUGCCUGUCAGUGUCCCCCCGGGACAGGACGGGCCUCACGGACUGGCCCGGCCACCGUGACACGGGGGGAGGGGAGCGGGCGCUGAGGAGACACUGGCCCUGGGAAGGGGGCUGGGUGCUGCAGACCCCAAGGCCUGGGGCUGGACACCCUCUGCCAGCGUGUGCCAGCGGGCCCUGGCCCCGGCCCACCAAGCAGGCCGUAAACACGAGCAUGACGUUAUGGUGAGACACAGGGACCGCGGGGGCGGGGGGAAGCCGAAGGUGACCACGGAGAGAGGCAGAAGCCCUGGACAACCAGAGGGCUGGGGAGAGGCCAGGCUGACCCUCAGAUUCUCUGCAGGGAUGGGGGGGGGCAACUCAGGUCAGAAAGAGGCGCUGCUGAGCAGAACUAUCCCACCCCCCACCCCACCCCCGUCCCAGGCCCAGUUCCCGGUGCCGUGGCGGCUCCAGUUACAGCCUAAUGUGGCCACGGCAGGGGUGACGCCCACAAGGCCUACGGCUCCCAGUUCCCGUGCUGGGAUCCCAGCUGAGCCUGCUGCCUUUCACGAGGGUGGGGGAGCGUCCAUCUCCAAACCAGGCUGUGCCCAGACUUCGGGGGCGGGGGCCCCGGUGGGAGGCAGAGAGCAAGGAGCCUGCGCCUUGGCUGACACCCCCAGGCUGCAGCCUCCCGGGGCCUGAGUCAGGGAGCCCAGAGAACCGGGGGUGACGCGGCCUCUCCUGCAAGUGCUCCUGUCCGAGGCGCAAAGGCCAGGGGGGCUGGGGAGGAAAGCAGGAGGGCAGCCCACCCAGCCCCAGGCCCAGACCCUGCCUGAGGGAGGACGUGGUGGCCGUCAGUGGCCGGGGACCCCAGCCACCCCAGGGCACAGGCUCGGCAGCUUCCUGCAGCCCCCGAGGGUCACUCCGUCCCACCAAACAGCCGCUGCAGCAGCCAAGGAGGAGCAGGGCGACAGCCACCUGGACGGCCGUAUGUUUAGUCACAUGACUUGCACAUAAAUGGCUCUGCACAUCUAAUGAAGAGAUAACGCCAGCAGGGUGCCUGCCACAUCCACGCCGCCGGUACAAAAUCUGGGUUCCACUAAGGGGAAAAGUUGGGCCUCUGCGAAGAAAGCCGGUUCAAAAUAAGGCCCAGGCAAAGCCCAGAGACAUUAGUGCCUGAUUAAUGCCUAAUCAUUUAUCUGGGCGACAGCUCACGACCAUGUGACACUGUAUCCAGGAGACUCUUUCCCGCUGCAAGAAUCCCUGCAGCCGGAGCACAGGUGCCUCUCAGGAUGGAUCUGGCCCCUGGCUGCAGGGGGGCACCCCUCCACCGGAGAAACCCGGCUCCCGGCCGCAGCCUGCAGCUCUGCAACUUGUGUCUUUCCAUUCCUGCUCCACGGAGAGCUCCUCAAACUGAAACAGUGUUUUUAAACCCCGCCGCUGAAACCACUGCGGGCCACCAAGCCAAGCCUCGGCGCCCACUCCUCCCGGGAGCCCGAGGCCCCCCUGACCUUAGCCACGUCACCCCCACUCGUCAGUACCUGACAGGGCAAGUGCGGCCGCGCAUCUGAACCCACUCCCCCCACCCCAACGGAUGACAAUUCCGAAGACAGCCGGAUUCAACAGUGCGUCUGAACAAAGAAAAGCCACAGAUCCUGUCGGACGGAAGCCCUGGGUCUGCAGGCCUGCCUGUGUUCUGUCUGACCGCCCCACGGGGUCAGGCCUGGAGCCUCAGCCGCUGCCCUUGUCACAUCUGCAGGCCUGGCUGAGGACAAGCCUUCCCGGGCUCAUAGGGAGAGGGGGUUGUGAGCGUGGCCUUGGGCCAGACGGCUGGAGUCCUGCUGGCUGAGCUUGGCCUACCUGCCCUGCGCCUGGGCGUCUGCGUCUGCAAAGGGGAAAUGACGCCAGUUGUUUCCUUACAGCGGCGCUGAAGUGCGCUGUACACGCGUGAUGUGCUCCGCAGGGCACCAGCCGCCAGUGGGGACUGCGAGUUCGCUGCUCUCGGCAUCCUCACCCUCACGCUGUCAUCACCACCCGCAUCGGCACCCCGCGUCACGGCCCUCCCCACAGCUGGCCAUCCCCGGUGCCCCAUCGGCCCCGGCCAGCACGGAGCCCAAGGGCCCCGGUCAGGGUCUGGUGCCUCCUAGAGAGCGUCCCAUGAGCCCACCCUCCUGCCUCCUCGGCAGAGGGGCGAGGGAGCCCCGUGAGCAGGGCGGCUCUCUCCGCCGGGAGCCCGAAUCCCCCAGACCCAGAACGAGAGGCCAGAGGUCGCGGGCACCGGAAGCAGAACGUCUUUAGGAUGGGACUCUCCUCCUCGAGUGACCGCUUUUGUUUCAGAACAGUCGGUCUGCAGCCCUUCUUUCUCUGAACCGGCCGCGUCCUCUCCAAGCGGAGCCUGAUCACUCCUGUUGGAGAAACAGCGCGCGCUCCGGGCGGGGGCCGGGUCCCGGAGAAGUGUGGGUGUCGGGGACGCGCCCGCAAGCCCGCCCCGGCCCUCACCGCGCCGGGCUUGCUGCCCGCCCUUGACGUCCCGGAGCAGAGACAGAGGACCCUCCCCGGGUGCGCCGUCCUGUGAGAGGCGAAGCUGGACGGGAUGGCAGUGCUCCUGCGAAGCCCCGUGAGACUGCGCAGCACUGCCUCCUGCAUCCGGAGACAAAGCACCUUGCAGGCAUCGAGCCGGAGCGUCACGGCCCACCGUGAACCUGGGGGCUCAGGGUGGAAACCUCAUGCCCACCACGAAGGGGGUUGGGAGGAGGAGGGCAGCCGCCGGCCCGGAGCGCGGGGGCGCGCCAAAGAGACGGUUGCAGUGCGGCCAGACCUCGCGUCUCCCCACGCAGACGAGUGCGCAGCACCGUCGCCUGCAUGUCUGAUUUUCUCGAAUUAGCAGUGAUUUUUUGAUGUUCUGACUUCCUGGUCUUUGUUGCCAAAAACUCCUGUACAUCCUGGCUCCCCACUUGCCUCUCAGGCGCGGUCUCUCAGAUGGACCUGAGAUGCCGUGUCCUGGGCUCAAAGCCUGUUUUGUCCACCAAAUAAAACAAAGAUCU